UGUGACUCGAGGAGUGACAAAUAGUGAGGUGAUUAGCAAUUACCACCGGGUGCAAGCUGUUCGCUUGCAUCCACCUUCUUUUACACCGUGCCAUCUCACCUGAGGAUCCGUGCCCUCUAAUACCUCCCCGCAGUCGCGUCCUUUGCCGAACGAUGCCCGAUUUCGCCCUGGUUCCGGAUGCGCUGAGCCGAUUCAGCUUCUAGAAAACAAGAAAAAACAGCUUCCUACGGCGGUCUCCCUCUUCUCCUCGAAUUCGACACCGCACUGGGCUGAGGCCCAGAUGUAACACCGGCACCAUGGAAGCCGAUUGGGAUGAACUGUCGCGCAUUCCGGUGCCUCCUCCAAAUUCGCAUGGGUUGCCCACCGUUGCGACGACGAUAGCUUUUGACGAUGUGAUGGAACUGUUGUGGGCGGGGAAUGAAUAUGGCCGCAUUACUUCCUUUUACGGACCUGAGCUCCAGCGGUAUACCUCUGUCCGGGCGCAUCCUGCCACCGAUGGCCCCGUUCGACAGAUCCUGUUCCAUGAUCGGGGCGUGAUCUCGCUGUCUCCGAAAAGCGUCCACAUGAUAACGCGCCGCGGGUUGACGCAAUGGCAUGUUUCCCACGAGGAAAUGACCGACCUGCGCUGCAUGAGCUUCACGGCCCAGCUGAAUAGAAUCAUAGUCGCGGGGUGCCAGGGGGCGAUGUUCACCAUCGAUAUCGAUAAGGGCAUCAUAAUCGACAAGCUGCCGACGGAGUACAACUAUACGAUGAUGAAGAAGAGUCGGUACCUCUGUGCUGCGACUGAUACGGGAUCCGUCAAUGCGUUGAGCUUGUCGGAUUUCCGCGUGGUGAAGUCGUGGAAGGCUCAUGGGACAGCUGUCAAUGAUAUGGACGCUCGGAAUGAUCUCCUGGUGACGUGUGGCUUUUCGGUCAGACAUUUAGGAUCCUCGAUCGUGGAUCCCCUGGCCAACGUAUAUGAUCUCAAAACCUUAUCGCCGCUACCUCCUAUCCCUUUUCACGCUGGGGCUGCAUAUGUGCGCAUGCACCCCAAACUUCAUACUACCAGCUUUGUCGCCUCGCAGACGGGCCAGCUCCAGGUCGUGGAUCUGAUGAAUCCCAACGCAAUCAACCUUCGCCAGGCCAACGUGUCGUAUAUGCUUGGGAUCGACCUCUCGCCUUCCGGGGAAGCUUUGGCGAUCAAUGAUGCCGAGUGCAUGAUUCACCUGUGGGGGUCUCCGGCAAAGAUACACUUCAACGAGAUGAGCAAGGAGACCGAGUUUGCGGAUGUCACGCCUCGCGCUCCUCCCCUGGACUGGUCUCCGGAGACGCCUCUGAGUAUGAUCGGCAUGCCUUAUUACCACGAACGUCUGCUAUCAGCAUGGCCGAGUCAUCUUGUCUUUGAAAUCGGGAGCCCACCGGCGCCUCUUGACCCGGGAUUGAUUCCCUACCUUCGCCCCGCCGAGAUUGGGCAUUAUGCGCCAAAUCCGAAGAAAACCAGACGAAACCAGGUGGAGAAUACUCGAGCGUUGGCUACUACAGAGCCCGCUCUGAUUGCUCCAAAGUUCCUGAGCGAGAAGGCACGAGAGCAAAGCAGGGCCAAAUCGGAGGGUUCUCUUAGUGAUACGGCUGAAGCGCUCGCAGGCGCAAAGCUAAACGGAGAAGCCGAAGAUGACCCUCUCCUUAAAUACAGCAACGUUGAAAUCAAAUACAGCAGAUUUGGUGUUGACGAUUUUGAUUUCAGGUUCUACAAUCAAACUAGUUUUUCUGGGUUGGAGACGCAUAUUGCCAACUCAUUUACCAACGCCCUUCUGCAACUCCUUAAAUUCAUACCGUUAGUACGGAAUGUGGCUCUGAAUCAUGCCGCUAGCAACUGUAUUAUCGAGAGCUGCUUGCUUUGCGAGAUGGGCUAUCUCUUCGACAUGCUCGAAAAGGCGAAUGGCCAGAACUGCCAAGCCACAAAUUUAUUGAAGACAUUUAGCAGCUUCCGUGAAGCCUCUAACUUGGGUCUGUUUGAGGAGAACUUGACUACAAAAUCACUUUCGUCGGCAAUCCAGUCGGUCAACAGGUUCUUCCUUAACCAGAUCGCGCACGACUUCCGCAUGAUUCUCCCAAGCUCUGAUGAUUUUGAUCAGAGGCUAGCAACUAUUGCGUCCGAAUCCAUACGGUGCAUGCUCUGCAAUAAUGAAAUCGUUCGACCUGGCAACUCGCUUGCCAAUGAGCUGAUUUACCCAGCCAUUGAUCCCAAACAAGCCCGGAGGAACCCAGCGCUGCGGUUCUCAAACAUCUUAAGAGCAAGUCUUGAGCGCGAGACGCAGAAUAGAGGAUGGUGCAAUUACUGCCGGCGUUAUCAGCAGGUGGCCAUCAGGAAGACUGUCCACCGCAUGCCCUUGGUUUUGAUUCUGAACGCGGCCCUCACCAAUCCUAUAUACCGACGGUUAUGGAGUAUACCUGGAUGGCUACCCGAAGAAGUUGGUAUCGUCGUCGACGGAGGACAGAUCUUUUGCUUCGAAGGAGAAGAUCUCAAGCGGCAGAAGCAAGCCAAUAUGCCCGGACUUGUGGUGUAUGAGCUGGUUGGUCUGGUCUCGGAGAUAGAUAUCCCCGACCACCAGAAACCGCAUCUGGUCUCGUUUAUCAAUGUCUCCAUCGCUUCUCGAAAGGCCGAACCCAGAAACAGAUGGCAUCUAUUCAAUGACUUCUUGGUCACGGAGGUUGACAAAGACGAAGCCCUGCGAUUUAAUCAGCCGUGGAAGCAACCGUGUGUGUUGGCUUAUCAGGUGAGGGAUGCUCGGCAUGCUAUCGAUGAUUCUUGGAAGAACUUCCUGGAUACCGGUCUCCUCUUCCGUGACUGGUCCCUAAAUGCCGGUCGCCCUGUGGAAUCCCGCGUCACGCUGUCUGAAACCGAGAAGCCAGCUCCCGGUACUCCCGUUGCUCUCGACACCGAGUUUGUGGACCUUGAAAAGGCCGAAAUCGACGUCAAAGCGGACGGCUCUCAAGAGAUCGUCAGGCCCAGCAAGAGCGGUCUUGCGCGAGUUUCUGUUCUCCGGGGCUCAGGCGUCCGCGAAGGAGUCCCGUUCAUCGAUGACUACAUCACUAUCAAAGAGCCGAUCGUUGACUAUGUCACUCAAUAUUCCGGUAUCAAGCCCGGUGAUUUGGACCCGAGGACCAGUCAGCAUAAUCUCGUUCCUCUCAAGGUUGCCUACAAGAAGCUAUGGCUGCUUCUCAACCUGGGCUGUGUCUUUGUUGGACAUGGUCUGGCCUCGGAUUUCCGUCAGAUCAACAUCCAGGUUCCCAAGAGCCAGACAGUGGAUACUCAAUACCUCUUCUUCCAUCCCGGCAAGAACCGGCGACUCAGUCUCCGAUACCUCGCCUGGGCGGUGUUCAAAGAAUACAUCCAGGAAGAACCGGCGGAUAAUAACAGCGGGCAUGACUCUAUUGAGGAUGCACGCAUGGCCCUCCGACUGUGGAAGAAGUUCCAGGAAUACGACGACGCGGGCAUCGUGAAUCAGAUCCUGGAGGAAAUCUUCCGCGAGGGAUCUAAACUAGGAUUCCGCCCCCCUCCUCGAAAUGGCACGGCCACGGUUCUCUCUCGACCGGGAACCGCGGUGACAAUGCAAAACAACAGUGGUCGCAAUACACCCAGCGUGCCCGAUCCUGCAGGUGCUGUUAGCGCCCCAACCACCCCUAGACAGGCGUUUCGUCGCUCGAUUGCCCUGACGCCCAGCAAUGGCAGCUUCACGGGUCCAGGCGCAGGCGACUUCUUUAGCGGCAGCCCGUUGAAAUGAUUGCUCUUUUUACUUGGCUUAUGGCACUGUUCUCUCCCUCACAACCUUUCUACAAAUCAACGCAUUUGGAUUGCUUUUGACGACCUCUCAUGAUGGUAUGGAUGUAUGUACGCAGCAGGAUUUCGCUCUGGGAGAUUCGGGGGACAGAGAUCCUCUCUAGAAGUUUAGAGUUGGGGGUUGGUUUGCUGCGUACUACUUUAGAAAGUUGGCUCUUUUGAAAUAUC